AUGAGGCCUGUGGCGCUGCGGCUUUCUACCUUGAGCAGGGGUCUGCUUACUCCCGGCAGAGGUCUGACUCAAGGGUUCCAGAAUCCUGAAAAACAGAGAGUCUUCCACAUUCACGAAGCGUCUUCACCUAUACACGUGAAUAAUGUUCGAGAUAAGCUGCGGGAGAUAGUAGGAGUAUCUACCAACUGGAAAGACCACAUGAAAGCAAUGGAGGAAAGAAAAUUACUUCGUAGUUUUUUGGCGAAGUCACAGGAAGCACUGCCGCCUAGGAGAAUGAAGGACAGUUACGUUGAAGUUCUCUUGCCUUUGGGCAGUCAGCCUGAAUUACGAGAGAAAUAUUUGACUGUUCAAAACACCGUAAGAUUUGGCAGGAUUCUUGAGGAUCUUGACAGCUUAGGAGUUCUUAUUUGCUACAUGCACACCAAAGUUCAUGAAGCUAAGAUGUCUCCUUUAUCCAUAGUUACAGCCCUGGUGGACAAAAUUGACAUGUGUAAGAAGAGCUUAAGCCCAGAACGGGACAUCAAGCUCAGUGGCCAUGUUAGCUGGGUUGGGAAGACAUCUAUGGAAGCGAAGAUGCAAAUGUUCCAGUUACAAGACAGUGAAUAUUGUCCUGUUUUGGAAGCAACAUUUGUAAUGGUGGCCCGUGAUUCUGAAAAUAAGGGGUCGGCAUUUGUAAAUCCACUCAUCCCUGAAGGCCCUAAGGAAGAAGCACUCUUUAAACAAGGAGAAUUGAACAAGGGGAGAAGGGUCGCCUUCAGCUCCAUGUCGUUACUGAAAAUGGCUCCCAGUGCUGAGGAGAGGACGACCAUCCAUGAGAUGUUUCUUAACACACUGGAUCAAAAGACUAUAAGUUUUCAAAGUCGAAUUCUGCCCCCUAAUGCAGUAUGGAUGGAGAAAUCAAAACUGAAGAGCUUGGAAAUUUGCCACCCUCAGGAGAGGAAUAUUUUCAAUCGGAUCUUUGGUGGUUUCCUUAUGAGGAAAGCAUACGAACUCGGAUGGGCUACUGCUUGUAACUUUGGUGGUUCCCGGCCAUUUGUAGUGGCGGUGGAUGACAUCAUGUUCCAGAAACCUGUGGAGGUUGGAUCAUUGCUGUUUCUGUCUUCCCAGGUUUGCUUUACUCAAGGCAACUACAUUCAAGUCAGAGUCCACAGCGAAGUGGCCUCUUUGCACAAUAAAGAACACACAACCACCAACGUCUUUCACUUCACGUUCAUGUCGGAGAACGAAGUGCCUUUGGUUUUCCCCAGGACAUAUGGAGAGUCCAUGCUGUAUCUAGAUGGGCAGCGGCAUUUCAACUCCAUGAGCGCAUCGCAGACCCUGAAAAAGGACUACCUUCUGAAGCCGCAGGGACAGCCACCCUUGGAGACCAGCGUGCCUCAGUGA